AUGGCCGCGACGGCAUGCGCCUACGGCUACGACGGCGGCCUGGUGCCGCCGGCGCCGGCGCAGGCGAUGGGCCCGUUCGACGACGGCGGCCACCACCGUCCCGUCAUCCACGACCACUAUCCCAUCAUCCACGGCCUCGUCAUGCCUCCACCUCCUCCUCCGCCGCCGCCGCCGCCUCCUUCUUUCCAUCUCCAUUCGGGCCACGCCAGCUCCAAGGCGGCAGCGUCUCGCCACCCCGGCCUCUGCACCGAGGGCCUCGGCUCGGAGAGCUCCGAGAGCUCGGGCGACCUCGACCUCGGCGACAUCGUGGCCGACGACGACAUUCAAGACUGCAAGCAGGGCGACCAGGAGCUAGGGGCGCUGAUGCCGGCGAGGAAAAGGGUGUUCCCGCCGCCGAUAUCGGUGAUCGGCGCGGCCGGGAAGCCGUGGCAGUACCUGAGGGCGCAGCGCGGGGGCGGCCGGCUGGUGCUGCGGGAGGUGAGGAUACCGUCGCGGGAGCUGCUCCACGCCUGCCGGGAGGACGGCCGCCUCAAGCUCCACUUUGCACACCCGGAGCCGGAGCCGGAGCCGGAGCCAGAGGAAGAAAACAACACCAUCUAG